GUCGUCAGCGACGCCCUCUCGGCUGACCAGAAACACUUGUGUCCAGACGUCAGCGCUCCGGAGAGCCCGACGACGCUGUGUGUGUGGUUUUUUUGUAAUUAACUCUCAUUCAUUAGUCGAUAUACAUUUUUUUUCGAAUAUGGUCUGUGGCGGUUUCACCUGUUCCAAAAAUGCUCUUUGUUCCCUGAAUGUGGUUUACAUGCUGGUUGGGCUGCUGCUAAUUGGAGUAGCAGCAUGGGGGAAGGGGUUCGGCUUGGUGUCGAGCAUCCACAUCAUCGGAGGGGUCAUCGCAGUGGGCGUCUUCCUGCUGCUCAUCGCUAUUGUCGGACUCAUCGGAGCAAUACACCACCACCAAGUCAUGCUUUUCUUUUACAUGGUCGUUCUUUUUAUCGUUUUCCUGUUCCAAUUUGGAGUUUCUUGUUCCUGCUUGGCAAUGAACCGCGGACAGCAGGAGGCACUUCUGAACUCUGCUUGGGGAAUGUUGGAAAACAAGACCAAGACUGACCUAGAGAGCCAGCUGAACUGCUGUGGGCUGCUCAACGUCACCGCCAGCCAGGCACAGUUUGAUCUGGACUUGCAGAACUGUCCUGCUUUAUGCAAAAAGAACACUGUCUGUUACACCUGUGGGGAUAUGAUGCUGACUCAUGCAACUGAGGCUCUGAAGAUCCUCGGGGGAGUCGGGCUCUUCUUCAGCUUCACAGAGAUCCUGGGAGUGUGGCUCGCUGUGCGCUACAGGAACCAGAAGGAUCCGCGAGCAAACCCAAGUGCUUUCCUAUAGUCUGUCCCCCGUACGCAGCGCCAUUGAUGCAAUGUCAGACACACUGGCACACAUAGUAUCACGCACAUCUAGAGGCAGACACGCCCGCAUACAAUACAGUUCCACACCAACUACAACAACACGGAAUGGACGAUCGCACGCAGCACCUGACAAACACUGCGAAACAAAACACACACACACACACACACACACACCUUUUACCUGAGACUGAGAAACUACAACAACCUGUCCAGAAAUGUUGCCAGAGCUCCAGCUUGAAGACCUGGAUACUUGUGUAUGAAAGGAUAACUUGUAAUACCGACAAGUGUGACUUGUUGGUAUCACGACUCAGCCUUGAUUUGAGUACCAGAUUUCCUGCUGGUUUCCAACUGUGUAACAAGGGAUGAGACAUCUCUGCAUGUGUCCUAGGCCUGCACAGACAAGCAGCCUCUUUGUUGAUUUAUUCCACACACCAACCAAAUGACUGUGCCGUGUCCCACAAAUUCACUUGUAUGCACCUUGAAUUCUUUCCUCUUGUCUCCAAUGUAGUGCCACCACAUAACGACAAAUAUAUUCCUCUGGCCAGUGCUAUUGGUGAUGUGUAGAAUUGUAUACCCGACAUGUCCAGCCGAGGGUCAACAGGGGGCGAAUACUAGACAUGUGUUGUAAAGUUGUUUUUGAAUUGUAUGUAAAUGUUCUUUUUUCAAAUGCCACAAAUGCCGGGAUGUAACAGGAUUACGAAGCGAGAAUAGAUGUUAGGUUGUGUAGUUAGUCUUUCAGGUUCAAAAAAAAAAAAAAUGUAUGAACUGUAACUGAGCCAACUAACUUUUAACAGUCUGAGAUAAUAGGAUGCCAAUGGACUGCAGCCUUGAUGUUGUACAUAAUCUUUUAGAAAUCGCUCUUGAUGGGUUUGCCGUGUAGUUGCCCCUCUAGUUGGGAGGUUUGCCUGCAUAGUUGAGGUCUUUGAAGGCCACAAUAAUCCACCCUUCCUGUAUUUAAUGUUUCUUUGUGUUGCACAGUGAUGUUGCUUAGUAUAGCUUUUGGUAGAAAGGCGGAUUCAGGUACGUAUAAUUUGUGUUUUGUGUAACUGGAAGACAUCAUGACAAAAAGAAAUACAAGAAGUGCUGUUUGAUUUUUUUAAAUUUUUUUUAUAUAUAUAUAUAUUUGGGUAAAUUUAGCUCAAACUUCUCAUUGCAAACCCUUUUUUGUUUUUAGUGUUAAUUGUGAAAAUGUUCUCUUGGUUGCAGUUUUUUAAUUUUUUUAUUUAAUGUUUUAAAACCAUUAUUUUGUGGAAUGAUUUUGUUCUCAUUUGACAUCGGCUCUUUUUAUUCAUCAGUGUUAAAUGCUUUGUAAGAAAAAUUGUUAAUAUUUUCAGGAUCUAUUUAAGUUAAGUUUGAGGAUGCACAUUAGGCUCAAUUAAUGUUGUAGUUUUGAUUACAUUUUGUUGCCGAACUUGAUGUUUGACAUGACCUUGAUAAAUCACUGCUCAUCAAUUCUCUCUUUUAAGAUGUGUUUUCUCUUUUUGAAUUGCUUUUAACUUAAAGGACUAACAAACUGUAACUACGUGUUUUACUUGAACCUGUCAACUUGGCUGAUAUGAAAUUCCUGCUGCUGAUUUGGUUUCAUCGCGGGUGUAAACAAACAUGUUGACAGAUCUUAAGCAAUGUUAUGUUAUGCCAUAUAUUAAACCUCACUUUGAAUUUGUGUGCACUUGUUAUUCAAUUGUAUCUUGAAUUUUUGAGACUUAAUUUUCCAAAUAAUAAAACCUCAAAUUGAAAACCGUU